UAUAUAAUUAAGGAAAUUGUGAAAGGCGCCGAACAAACAAAACAACUAAGCCUGAGGAGGUGUAGUAGUUGAAGUUUCCCCAACUAACUCCAAUAAUCAUGGCGAGACCAAACCCACACUCUAUUCUCUCACUCACACUCCUUACUCUCUUUCUUUCAUUCACCACAAUCCUCUCCGCAAUUCACGAAAAACAAAACGACAAUCCAAUCACCCGUUUCCAACGCUACCUCCAAAUAAAUACAGCACACCCAACCCCAGACUACACCGCCGCAAUAUCAUACCUAAUCUCCCAAGCAAAUUCCAUCGGUGGAAUCCUUCACAAAACCCUAGAAUUCUCUCCAGGUAAACCUCUCCUCUUACUCACAUGGCCUGGCUCCGAUUCUUCUCUUCCUUCCAUUCUCCUCAACUCACAUCUCGACUCUGUCCCUGCUGAACCCUCCAAAUGGCUACACCCUCCUUUCUCCGCUACUCACACUUCCGACGGCGAUAUCUUCGCCCGCGGUGCACAGGAUGAUAAAUGUAUUGCCAUGCAGUAUCUUGAAGCAAUCCGUAAUCUCCGUAGUAACGGAUUUGUUCCUGUUAGGUCUGUUCAUAUCUCGCUUGUUCCUGAUGAGGAGAUCGGUGGAUUCACUGGUGCGGCGAAGUUUGUUGAAUCCAAGGAAUUUGAGGAGCUUAAUGUUGGAUUUGCGCUUGAUGAAGGUCAGGCUUCUCCUGGGGAUCAAUUUAGGGUUUUUUAUUCGGAUCGGAUUCCGUGGAAUUUGAAGAUUAAGGCUGUGGGAAGACCGGGUCAUGGUUCCACGUUGUAUGAUGGUAGUGCUAUGGAGAGUUUGAUGAAGAGUGUUGAAAUUGUUAGUAGGUUUAGGGAGAGUCAGUUUGAGCUUGUUAAGGCUGGUAAGGCUUUGAAUUCGGAGGUUGUUUCGGUUAAUCCUGUUUAUCUCAAAGCUGGUGUUGCCGCUCAAGAUGGGUUUGUGAUGAAUGUACAACCUUCGGAGGCAGAAGCUGGUUUUGAUCUUAGGUUGACCCCUACGACGGACCCUGAGGAAAUGAAGAGGAGAAUUGCUACUGAAUGGGCGCCACCUGUUAGAAAUAUGUCAUAUGAGAUUACAGAGAAAGGACCCAUCAGAGACUACUUGGGGCGUCCAUUAAUGACUGCGACAAAUGAUUCCAAUCCAUGGUGGUUAGUUUUCAAGCAGGCUAUAACUUCCACUGGAGAAAAACUUUCAAGGCCUGAAAUUCUUGCAUCCACAACCGAUGCUCGAUAUAUUAGACAGAAAGGGAUUCCUGUACUUGGUUUUUCGCCAAUGAAAAAUACUCCCAUCUUGCUUCAUGACCACAAUGAGCAUCUACGAGAUACCGUGUACUUGAAGGGAAUACAUGUAUACGAGUCUUUGAUAAGCUCCUUGAGUUCGUUUAUACCGCGUAGCUGUAGGCAAGUUCGUUGAGUUGCUCAUCUCAUUCUGACACUGUUGAUAGGGGUAUAUGAUUAUAUCUUUGUUGUUUGAAGAAAAUACAAAUUUGUGUUUUAAAUUUCCUUGAUGAUUGAGGGAUUUCUCUGAAUGCGUAUUGUAUCCAUAAAGUUUGUUAUAACCAAUGUAAUAUAUAUCUUUGAAUAAUUUGAAAUGAACUCUCUGUAUUACAUACUGAAAUUA